AUGGCUGCUAGUGAUACAGCGAUACAUCGAGCUACCCCGGAUAAUCAGCCCGUGGGGCACGCUCAAGCGACGAGCGGUGACGCCGAAGUGGGUGACACCGAGGCGAGCGAGGAGAGGCAGGGUCCUGCCCCUGUUGCUGGCCCUGAACAACCGCAGGAAGGACAGCAGCCCGGCGACGAUGCUGUGCUGACCAGAAGUGUGCGCACCUUGGCUUGGUUCUGGGGACUACUUCCCGGAAUGCUGGCGGGCGCUGCGAUCGCCUACCUGGAAUGGUCCAAGAUGAAAGACGAUGUGGCCGAGCAGUGCAACACGAGCGACUGUCUCUAUGCGACGGAGCUGCUGAAAUCGGCGCUAGAUCGAAGCUUCAAGCCAUGUGACGACUUCUACAGCUUCGUGUGCUCGCGCUACACUGGACCUCAGUACACCGUCCUUGCUUCGCUGACCGUAUACAUGCGUGAGGUGACCGAGGCCUUGCUCUACACCAUCAACGUUCCGCCCUCACAUCAGAACUCCACCCAGAAGGCUGCUGGUCUGUUCCGUGCCUGCGUCAGCAUGGCGAAUACCUCUAGAUCCGAGGUGUCGUCGCUGAAGAAGUUCCUCAACCUGAUCGGACUCGACAUGUCGAACAUGCCGCCCGAUCCAAAGUUCAGCAUCGCCGAAAGGAUCGUAAGACUGAACUUGGAGUACGGCUUUCCAACCGUCGUUCAUUUCGGCUUCAUCGUCGCGAAGGCUGUGGAAAAGAAAAUUCUGGACGUACGUCUUACGCCCAUUUGAGCCAUAGCUAUAGGUAUGGAGGCUCGCUCGUAAGUCGACCCACUUGGACUCGCUGAGACGCAGACCGAGCCUUGAAUAGU